AUGGAAAAGGAACAUGAGCUGACAGUGGAUAUGGAAACCAUCAGCCUGGACCGAGAUGCAGAGGAUGUUGAUCUGAAUCACUAUCGUAUUGGAAAGAUUGAAGGCUUCGAAGUGCUGAAGAAAGUGAAGUCACUCUGCCUACGUCAAAACUUAAUUAAAUGCAUUGAGAACCUGGAGGAACUGCAGAGUCUUCGAGAACUAGAUCUCUAUGAUAAUCAGAUCAAGAAGAUUGAAAAUCUGGAGGCGCUGACAGAACUGGAGAUUCUAGAUAUUUCUUUUAAUCUGCUGAGGAACAUUGAAGGGAUUGACAAACUGACACAGCUGAAAAAACUCUUCUUGGUCAACAAUAAGAUCAGUAAAAUUGAGAACCUAAGUACCUUACAUCAACUACAGAUGCUGGAGCUGGGCUCGAACCGCAUCCGAGCAAUUGAAAAUAUCGACACGUUAACCAACCUGGAGAGUUUGUUUCUGGGGAAAAACAAAAUUACAAAACUUCAGAACCUGGAUGCACUUACCAACCUGACAGUCCUCAGUAUGCAGAGCAAUCGGCUAACAAAGAUUGAGGGUCUACAGAGCUUGGUGAACCUGCGUGAACUAUACCUCAGCCACAAUGGUAUCGAGGUUAUCGAGGGCCUGGAGAACAACAACAAACUCACCAUGUUGGACAUUGCAUCAAAUAGGAUAAAAAAGAUUGAAAAUAUCAGCCAUCUAACAGAACUGCAAGAAUUCUGGAUGAAUGACAAUCUCCUGGAGAGCUGGAGUGACCUUGAUGAGCUGAAGGGUGCCAGAAACCUGGAAACCGUGUACCUGGAGCGCAACCCCCUGCAGAAAGACCCACAGUACCGGCGGAAGGUCAUGCUGGCCCUACCCUCCGUGCGGCAGAUAGAUGCCACAUUCGUCAGGUUCUGAGUCCUCCUUGCUCCUCACCUGGUCCCUCUCCUCGAAAGAACUUCCCAGCCACGGUUUUUUAAUCUACCUAUUGCUCCUGAAGUCGUCACUAUACCAACAGUCACAACCCAAUGGCAAUAAUAAGGCACUGGUGGUAGUUGGCCUAUGAUGCCACACACCAUUUGGAGAUGCCAACACUAUUAAAUCUUGCCACGCGGUCUUCCUGGU